UUCCUAACAACGAGUAUUACAAGGUAGACAAUGACUAUCUUUAUCUACUUCUUUGGGGUAGUUUCACUUUCUGGUAUAUAUUUCUAUACUUCUACUCCUGAAAGUAGAAGUUCUUCGAAUGGCUUACAUACCAACAACUCGACACCUAAGCAUACCUUGUUUGUUGAAACAGAGGCUGAGCCCGGGGCGCCACCGUAUCUUUGAA